AAUCAAUCUUGGUCAAUACAAGAUCUUGCUGAUGGAGAGAGAGAUUCUCAACUGGGUUCGUCGGCAUCUUCAACGACGAUAAGCAAAUCCGACGCUUCAGAUGAUCUGGGUGACAAACGAAUGGAUGAUUUUAUCAAUGAAGCAGCAGCAAAAGUUCGUUCAUCACAACAAAAUCGUUUAGAGGAAAAAGUUACUAGCAAUACAUCGGAUGAUGAUAAAAAUUCAGCGGCACCCAAAAUCCAACUAUCAGAAUUAGAAAAGAAAAAUGAUAAAUUAAAACA